GUGAGAGACACCCCGAGAGAGUCUGAGACACCCUGAGACAAUCUGAGACAACUUGUAAUCCCUUGCAAAAUAGCUGGUAAUUUUUUUUUCCGCAUUUGUUUAUUUGUUUGGUGGACGGGACUGCAACCUGUUUACUAUGGCUUUGCUCAGCAUUCCCUUAGCUCUGCUACUGAUUUCAGCCCAGCUGGGACUUUCUCUCGCUCUCCCCCUAUCCGAAGGGGCUUCACCCACUAAGAUGACAAUAUCGUCUCCGUUGCCAGUCAACAUGUCCAGGUGUAAGGAGAGUUUGGUGCGAAGUAUGAAAACGGUUCUGCUUCGGGGUUUAAACCUCGAACGCGCUCCCUCUGUAAAUCCGCAACUGACACACUCACUGCGGGUCAUGUGGAGAGCCAACCUCGGGCUUCUGGCAGGAGAAACUCAACCAGCAGAGAGCCAGAGCCUGACAGACACAGCGGCCUCAGCCGUGAGCACUCACACAGCGGGGCAGAGAGACUGCUGCCAGACUGUCUCCAUCUCCCUCACAGAUCUCGGCUGGGAAAACUGGAUCAUUCACCCAGAGGAGUUUCCCUACAUCCUGUGCACCAACUGCAGAGCAGGGAGAAACUCACAGUCACCACACUGCACCCAUGACCAGCAGAGACACACAGCGCGCAAGGCUAAAUGCUGCCGAAACAACAGACGGACAUGGGUGUCUGUGGUUUACAUAGACGCAGACGAGGGGCUGGUGACGAGUAAUGUGCCCCUGACCGCAAGGUGUAGCUGUCGGGCAUGAAGGCCCCCGCUCUUCCCCGCCCCCACCAGCCCCCCGAGGAAGGUUACGAGAGGAGCGAACUUUCGUUGUGUCCUUGUGCUGAGAAAAAAACUCCCCUUCCCCCUUCCUUCUUC